AUGCAGGACGAGGCCGGUACAUCUUUAAUAAUAAGCCGUAAGUUGGCUUGUAAUCAAACGGUUGAAAUGCCUGAGGACAACAAAGCUAAAGCAUAUUCAGGAAGAAAAAGAUUAAGUGAAAAUGAUCUUCAACAAGAUGAGCCCCCAGCAAAGAAAGGACCUAUACAUAUUAGUCCAGCUAUCACUGAAGACCAGAUGAAAAGUGAAGAAAUGCAACAGAGCAUCUCAGAAGAAAAGGAAGACAGAGUUUUACAAGAAACUAAUGAAGAGUCAAAAACAUGUUUACUCAUUGCUGAGAGUGAACUUAAAAAUGAAAAUGAAGAAAAAGCAGCAUCAAAUAAAAAGAUUGUUAGUUUGCAGCAGGAAGUUUCUUUUUCUAAAAAAAAGAUUGUGGCUUUAAGUAUAGAGGUCCAAAAUAUGCAGUCAAAUUAUGAUAAUGUAACUUCUGAAUUACCUGUGCAGAGAGGUAUAAAUCAAGACCAGGGGGAAGAGAUCAUGAAAUUGUCAAAGGCGAUAGAAACUGCUAGAAGAAACAUCACCACAGAUAAUGUUUCACAAAUGAAAUUAAUGACAAAAAUAGAUGAACUGCAUAUGCUUGAUUCAGUUUCUUAGAUCUCAAAAGAUUUACUCAAUCUCAGGGAUCUGUCAGGUGGUUCUCAGGAGGAUAACUUGCCAAAUACAUGGUUACAUCUUUUGGAUUAUGAUUAUUUGGUAAAUAAGCAGGUUCAAGACUAUCAUAUUCAGGAACUCAGUAGGGAGAGUGCUUUCCACUCUAGUAUUGAAGCUAUUUGGGAAGAAUGUAAGGAGAUUAUAAAGGCCUCCCCCCCAAAGAGUCGCCAGAUCCAAGAACUGAAACAACAAAUUGGAGAAUUACAGGCAGAAGUAAAAGGCUGUAAGGAUGAAAACACUAGACUAAAAACAGAAGAGAGGGAGAAGAAAAAUCAAGGUGACCUACUAAAAGAAAAAGAAAGUCUUAUACAGCAGCUGGAAGAAGAGCUGCAAGAAAAAAACAUUAGUCUUGAGGUUCAAAUGCAGCAUGUAGUUGAAGGAAAGAGAGCACUUUCAAAAGUUAGCCAAGAUGUUUCUUGCUAUAAGGUGAAAAUAAAGAAACUUGAGACAAUCUUAGAAACUCAGAAAGGUGACUGUCAUUCCGCCAAGUUAGAACACGAAAUUUUGGAAAAGGAAUCAAUCGUUUUAAAGCUAGAAAGAAAUCUGAAGGAAUUUCAAGCAAAUCUUCAGGAUUCUAUCAAAAGCACCAAAGAUUUAAGUAACAGGGAAAUUAAGUUGAAAGAAGAAAUUGCACAAUUAAUAAAUAAUUUGCAAGAUGCAAAACAUUCACCUCAAUUAAAGGAAGAAGAAGAAACCAAUUGUCAAGAAACAGAAAAAUUGAAAAAGGGGCUCUCUGCAAGCUCUGCUAUUACCCAGAAUCCGAAAGCAGAUCUUCAGAGGAAGGAAGAAGAUUACGCUGAGCUCAGAGAGAAAUUGUCUGAGGCCAAAAAGCAGAUUGAGCAAGUACAGAAAGAGGUAGGUUAUUUGAAAAAUUGUGAGAUACUUACAGCACAGCUGGCAGAGAAAGACAGUAACCUUCAAAAGUGGCAAGAAGAAUGGGAUCAGCUGGUCGCAGCUUUAGAAGUACAGUUGAAAGCCAUGAUCUCCAAUAACGUACAGAAGGAUAAUGAAAUGGAACAAUUCAAAAAGAUCACAUCAGAAGCUUCUGGAACAGAAAAACAAACCAUGGAUGUCAAGCCCAGAAAUAUGAGUUCAGUGGAUCCUGGUGGAACUGAAACCGAGCCUCGGUCAACAAGUUUUGAAAUUUCUAGGAAUGAAGUAGAGGAUGGAUCUGUACUUCUUGAAUCUUGUGAAGUGUCAACAGAAAGUAAUCAAACUACUCGAUUCCCAAAACCUGAGUUAGAGAUUCAAUUUACACCUUUACGGCCAAAAGAUAUGACAGUGAAGCACCCUGACUGUACCUCACCAGUAACAGUUAAGAUUUCCAAGGCCCGGAAGAUGAAGAGUAAUGAAAUGGAGGAGGGCUUGGUGAAAUACGAAAAUAAGAAGAAUGCUACACCCAGAACUAAUUCGAAGUCCCCUGUUUCUGAGCAUAGAAAUUCUCCUCUCAAAAAGGAACAAAAGGUCAUAGCACAGAAGUCUCUUCCAGCGCUUCAGUGCCCCCUCAGCUCCAUCAAACUCCGUUGCCGCCGCCCGGGGCUGAGGCUGGAGGUGGCGCCGCGAGGACGUCCGGAGGCGAAGCGGGAGCCACCGCCCCACCCGGGGCCCCGUGCACGCCCACCGCGGCCGUUAGGGAUCCUGAUACGUUACCAGCCACCAUCCAGAAAGCCAGUCACCAGCAUUGGCCCCGAGAGAUGGCUGCGCAAGAUCUGGAAGGGGCAACGGAAGCAGCGGCCCUUGUUCCCUGAACGUAGUGGUCAGAGCCGCCUCAAGCCCACCGUCAGACGCAGGGCCUUCCACGGCUCCCUCGCUGGUUCCCAUCUGCAUCCCUUACAGCUGGAUGUGCUGUCCCCCGAUUUUCCUGCAACUGCUGAGUUUCCCGUCACAUGA